GAGGACCCAGACGGGCCAGGGAGAUGGCUACCUGGGAAGCUCUCAGGCAAGGGGAGAGAAAGACGCACACACAGAAACGUGGACGGCAGUCACAAGACCGCUGGCAGAUGAAGCAGGAUCUCGGCAUCUGGCGAGAGAGGUGACACUGAAUGACCUGAGACUGUUCCAGAAUAAAGAUACACACACACAGCCCCGCUACUGGUCUCCUGCUAGGCAAGCCAACAAAAUGAGCCCCCAGCAGGAAGCAACGCUUUAAAUGAACAUGUGACCUCUCCGGGGCCCACUGGGACCUGCCACCCACACUCACGUGGUUGGGGCCAUUCAGGGGUGUGGAUCCCAUGUGGACUGGAUACCCAGCGUGAGUGUAUACCGUGAGGGCCUUUGUGCUCUCGGACAGCGUGUGGUGGUCAGGGAAGGCCUCCAGGAGGAAGAGGCGACCCACCACCCCAGGCAGCACAGUGGUGAGGAGGCCCCAGAGAGGCUGGUCUGGGGGAAUGAGCCUGGGAGAGAUGGAGGCCAGAACACAUGGGUCCCUGAGUGUUGGGCUGAGGAACCAGGGCUGCAGCCCAGGAAAGGGAGAGACAGGGUGGUCUUGGGUUGUGGAAAGUGCUGCAUGGGGCCCGGGGGAUGCCAAGGCUGGCAACGUUCAGUGGCUCGUCGGGUGGAGAGGAGCAGGUGAACACGAGAGAUUUCAGGGAGAAAGAACAGCAAGAUGGGGUGAGGCGCUCAAGCUGGGACGCCAAGUGGGAAAGCCAGGAGUUGGCUAGAGAAGGGUCCCGGCUGGAGGCAUGGCCAGGGAGUUCAGGCCAGGGUGCACAGCUGCCCAGGGCAGAGAAGGCGGGAACGCAUGACGCAGGGAGCCAGCCUGCCACCAGACGCUCGUGCCCAGCUGAACCAGGUGCGGGCACAGGCUGUUUGCCUUCAGGUGGCCAGGGACUCCCUCCAGGUAGGUGUGGGCACCUUGGGCAGCCAGAACCCCAGGAAGGAAAUCCACGCCGCCCCAGCCCGAGCUGAAGACAGAUUCCCCUCCCCCCGGCCUGCAGCUGCUUCUGGACGGAGGGACGGGAAGUGGCCAGAAGGGGAAGUGUGAGGAGUUCCCGUCCAGCCUGUCAUCAGUCUCCCCAGGUCUUGAAGCGGCGGCCCUGCUCCCUGCGUGACCAUGGACCCUGUGGAGACCCCUAUCAAGGAUGGCAUCCUCUACCAGCAGCAUGUCAAGUUUGGCAAGAAGUGCUGGCGGAAGGUGUGGGCUCUGCUGUAUGCAGGAGGCCCAUCAGGCGUGGCACGGUUGGAGAGCUGGGAGGUCCGGGAUGGUGGCCUGGGAGCAGCAGGUGACAGGUCGGCAGGGCCUGGCCGGCGAGGGGAGCGACGGGUCAUCCGCCUGGCUGACUGUGUGUCGGUGCUGCCGGCCGACGGUGAGAGCUGUCCCCGGGACACCGGUGCCUUCCUGCUCACCACCACCGAGCGAAGCCACCUGCUGGCUGCGCAGCACCGCCAGGCCUGGAUGGGCCCCAUCUGCCAGCUGGCCUUCCCGGGGACAGGGGAGGCCUCCUCAGGAUCCACAGAUGCCCAGUCUCCCAAGAGGGGUCUGGUCCCCAUGGAGGAGAACUCCAUCUACUCCUCCUGGCAGGAAGUGGGCGAGUUUCCCGUGGUGGUGCAGAGGACCGAGGCCGCCACCCGCUGCCAGCUGAAGGGGCCGGCCCUGCUGGUGCUGGGCCCAGAUGCCAUCCAGCUGAGGGAGGCCAAGGUCACCCAGGUCCUCUACAGCUGGCCCUACCACUUCCUGCGCAAGUUCGGCUCUGACAAGGGCGUGUUCUCCUUUGAAGCCGGCCGCCGCUGCGACUCGGGGGAGGGCCUCUUUGCCUUCCACACCCCCUGUGCCCCCGACCUGUGCAGGGCUGUGGCCGGGGCCAUCACCCGCCAGCGGGAGCGACUGCCAGAGCUGGCCAAGCCCCAGCCCUGCCCCCUGCCCCGGGCCACCUCUCUGCCCUCCCUGGACGCCCCCGGAGAGCUGCGGGAGAUGCCACCAGGACCUGAGCCACCCACCUCCAGGAGGGUGCGCCUGGCUGAGCCCGGACCCCAGAGCCUGCCGCUACUGCUAGGCCUGGAGCCCAGUGAUCCGGCAUCCGGGCUCUACGCCUCAGUGUGCAAGCGCGCCAGUGGACUCCCACGCACUGAGCACCUCUAUGAGAACCUGUGUGUGCUGGAGGCCAGCCCCACACCGCACAGCGGGGAACCUGAGCGGCACGAGGGCCCUGGCGGCCGCAGCCCCACAGCCAGUCCCAUCUACCACAACGGCGAAGACUUGAGCUGGCCCAGCCCGGCCCACGACAGCAGUCUGGAAGCCCAGUACCGGCGGCUGCUGGAGCUGGAUGAGGCAGAGGGCACAGGCCGCCCUGACCCUCAGGCAGGCUUCAAGGCCAAGCUGGUGAACCUGCUGAGUCGUGAGCGGAGGAAGGGCCCUGCCCCUUGUGACCGGCCCUGAACACCCAGCAGAGUGGUGGCCAGAGGGGAGAGGUGCUCCCCCUGGGACAGGAGGGUGGGCUGGUGGGCACAUAGUGGGCCCAUGCGGACACACGCCUGUGUCUACCCUGGCCUGCAGGAAUGAGGCCGCCUGUGGAGGACCUCCGCCCUGCCCUGCCCUCCACAUACACGGUGUGCAGACUCGCAGAUAAUAAGAGCAGCACCCGACAGGGGCACUCACGGGCACACGCCCCUGCCAACGUUCAUUGCGGCCAGCACCAGCGCCCUGUGCCGGUUCCAGGGGCACAGGUGACCUGGGCCUGACCUGCCACCCAUGGGCUCAAAUCCACUGCGGUAGCAGACAGGAUGGAGAUCAUUAGGACUCCGUGUGGCCCUCCAUGGCCAGAGUGACACGAAGAGGCAGGCGGAGGGAACCGUGAGGCUUAUUUGUCAGACUGGGGAAGGAGCAACAUGAGGGCCCAACUGGAGACCCGGAGGCCCGAGCUGGGAGGAGGCAAUGGGGGCGGGGAGCAGGUGGAAGGGAUUUCAGAGACGCUCUCGCCCCACACACUUGUUCCCUGCUGAAACUCCAACAAUUUGCAGAUAGAUACUUCUGGGAACCCCUGGCCUCAGUCUCCUCAUCUGUAAAGGAGAGAGAACAAAUGAUGUAUCAGGCAUCAUCCUAGAUGAGAGUUUUGCUGUGUGCCUACUCAGUGCCAGGCACUGGGGGACAUGGCCGUGUUCAGGACAGCCUUGGUCCUGUUCGGGGGAGAGAAGUUUCCUGAAGACUUCCAUGCUGCGUUCCCUCCUCUGCUCCUGCUGCUGUUGCCAUCCUAGGAGCCAGCCAUGCGCACGAGCAUCAUGCCUCCAGGGGUCUGGCUGCUUGGCCCCUCACCGCAACUCCACCUCAGCCGCCCACACCCUUGGCACAUCCUGAACCUCAUUUUCAGGACGGACACAUAAUUUUUGCUCUCUCCUGUCCAAGCCUCAUCCUCUGGCCACCUCCUCCUUCCAGCUCACUUCCUCUCGCAUGGCCAAUACCACCCCUGCCUAGCCACAUCGACCUUCAGGGACCCUUUUCUGGCUCUUCCAGGCCUCUGCCCACCAUCCCCUCUGUUCUCCAUAGUCCCUUCCCCCCUUCUCUCUCCUUUCAUCUUAUUGGUCUGGCAAAGCCCCCGGCCUUGGAUGAGCCCAGACCGCCUCUGUGCCUGCACACAGCUGCCCAUAGCCAAAGAAAUCCAUUUAAACAGGCUGACUGCAUCCUUAACGGUGCAAGGUGGGCCCUCCCUGCCACCAGAGACCCUGUUGCCUAGAGGGGCAUCUUUUCUCCUCCCCAGAACCUCCUGUCUGUCCCCACCCAGUGUCUCCUCACAGGCAUGUUGGGGAAAUGGGCCAGGCUCUCCCACUGCAUCUGCAAGUGUACUGGCAUCCAUCCGUCUUCUUCCUACCCCUACAGUAGCAACAUUGUUUGUCCCCAGCUAUGCUCUGAUCCCGGCUCCUCUCACCUCAGAGCUUGGAAACUUCAGCUCUCUCCUGGGCCCAUUCAUCCUAUCAGCAGCUUUUCCAGCCACACCCAAGCAUGCUCUGUAAUGUCACCUUUUAAACCUUCCCUUGCCCUCACAUUCCCCUUUGGCCACCUCCCUGUUUCUCUGUUCCUCUUCACAGCAAAAACUCUUCAAAAGAGUUGUUGAUUACUUUCAUUUCCACUUUCUUACCCCUAUUUUCCCCUCAAUUAACUCCUUCAUCCCCAUGAUGCCAUUAUGUGGCCCUUAUUAGAGUCACCAACGUUAUUCUCCAAAACAAAAGCAACAAGGACUUUGACUUCUCAGCAGCACUCAGCUCUGGUUCUUGAAACACCCCCCAUUACUUGCUUUUCCUCCUACCUCAUGACUCUGUCUUUCCCAGCCUCUACUGCUGCCUUCUCUGAGUUCUUCCCAGGGUCCUAGGCUCAGAUACAGUGUAGCUCAACCCUGCUACACAAAGAAUCUCCUGAAAGCCUGUAAAACUGUCCAUGCAUGUUCUGUGAGUGACCUACCAAGAGAAUAAACAAUUUUAAAAAUCCAUUU